AUGGCUACUCAAUCAGUGUCUCCUGAACCAUUGGGUCACGAUGAACCUAUAGUGGGAUCUGUGGCCUCAUUAGAGGCCCGUGGCACAAAUCCAGAGAGUUUCUUAUAUCGGGAACUCUGUCGCACACAUCUGGGGGAGAGAGCGGCCUCUAUUGUGGAUAUUCUUAUAUCUAAAGGCCGUAUGAGCGCAAGAGAGCUUCAAGAUCGAUCGGGGAUGGACCUAAAAAGUGUCAAGCGCAUUUUGGUUUCACUGGUGCAGCUUCGCUGCGUUCAGUAUUGCAAUGAAACGCACGCGCCGUCUGGACGCUCCACGAUAUUCUAUUAUUUUUGUGAAGACGGAAUGCUGCUUUUGUUAUACGCCGGGGAAAUUGUAGAAGCAAUUAAAGAACUAUUCCAAGCCGAUUUGGCUGCACAAAUUGUACAAAAUGUGCUGGCUCUUGGAUCUUUAACAGUGAAAGCCUAUGUAAGCGCUGGUCUUUCAAACGAUUCACCCACCCAAGUAUCCUCCUAUUUUGUAAAGCUUUGCGAUGCUGGAUUUUUGGUUCCACUCACAACGACCGACUACUCAACUAUAGGUGAUGUGUGGACCAAACUGUACCAGAAGGAAUAUAGUUCAAUUCCUAAGACCUCGACUUUGUCAGACCUAAAAAAGAGAACUGAAGCUAAACAAAAAGCUAAGGAACAAUUUUAUAAACUCUUGAGAUCUCCUGAUCUCACCACUCUCAUAGUGACGGAUCCGCAAACGUCUAUGAGGAAAGUUGCAGAUACUGUGCCACUAACAUUCAACUUAAAAAGAUACCUUAAAGUGAAAAGGUCUAAACAGCUCGUGCAAUUUGCCGCCGCAAGGGUUGGGUCAGUUCCUUCCGCUAUUUACAAAGUAGUGCUUCAAGCAACAGAACGCUACUCUCCAGAAAUCAUUGAUCCGUUGACGAAAACUGGUCUGCUACAAGAUGCUGACGAGCAACGAGCUAUCAAAGAUGAAGCAACGCUGGCUGAGGAGAAGGUACAUGGUACCAAUUUCACUGCCACUGACAUUGCGAAAUAUCUUCCGGAUAGUGUAGAUCUGCGCGAUACUAUCUCAUCGCAAAUGAAAAGAGCUCGCUCAGGUGUUUCGGAAUCGCAACCGGCAAAGAGGAUCAAAACUGAGGAUGGGUUUGUUGUUCCUUCGCUGCCAUCAGAUGCCCUUGAGGGCAAUGAUCUUGACAAUGAUAACAUUGAUUUAGAUCUUGAUGACAACGACAGUGACCCUCACUCCCUCACUUUGAUUAAUAGCCACUUAAAACUAUUAUCGGCAUCCACCACUCCUUUUCUACAAGAAUCUAAGCCGGGCCAUUUUUACGUUCCCUAUUCCAAACUCCUGCCCAUGCUAAAGUCAUCGGUUUAUAAAACCUUGAUUACUUAUACACUGGGUCCUCCUGCUGCAAGAAUAUUGAGUUGCAUAUGCGACAACAGACUAGCCUCCGAGAAAGUCAUUAAUUCGACUGCUUUGAUGAAAGAAAAAGAUAUUAGAUCCGUAAUUGCCGUUCUGAUAAAAUAUAACGCCGUGGAGAUUCAAGAAGUACCACGAACUGCUGACAGGGCGGCCUCUAGGUCAGUAUUCUUAUUCCGUAACAACGAGAAACACGCUUACGACUUCAUGAAGAAAAAUCUCACCUGGAACAUUGGCAAUUUAUAUCACAAAAUCGAGGAUCUUAAGAAUGAAAACUCUACGUUGUUAAAAAAGGCCAAUCGUGAUGACGUCAAGGGAAAAGAGGCCGAGUUGUUGCUACCAAGCGAGCUCAACCAGUUAAAAAUGGUCAACGAACGUGAACUGAAUGGUCUUACCCGAAAUCAAAGACUACUUUCGCUGUGGGAGGUUUUCAAGUUUUUUUGA